UUUAGUGUUCGUUCGUAUAGGCGUAGCCAUGGUAGAGUGUCACUUGGUGGUCGCACGUUUCUGGCGUUGCCAGUUACUGGUUGGCGGCGUGUGGCUCGAGACCCUAGUGCCACAGGUCACACUGGCACUCCAUAACAACACACCAGACCACUAGUGUGACACGAGUGUGAAAACAGGCAGUAGUGUGAGGGAAGUGUGUGGUCACACUUGCUAUACUGGUAGUAAACAACACUACACACCCUAUUUUGGGCUUCCGUGAAGGCUGUUGUUGUGUGUGUUUGUAAUAUAUAUACUGUAUAUAUAUAUACGCAUGGUGUGAGGCAGUGAUGAGCGGCGCACACGCCACUCCCGGCCGUGUUCACCGAUGGCCAGCCUCGCCUCGCACGUGACAAGAUGAGGCUGUGUUGUGGGAGCUGACGUCAUCACCCGGUCCACCACCUGACGUAACCACAUAAAUGACGUCAUCACGCUGCCAUACUCUGACGGCCUAGCCCCCCACACAGCCUCUGGCUAGACCCCCAAGGAUGGGAGCCAAGCUGGCAUGUGUCGGGGGCGGGAACCAGGACUCGAGCGUGGGCGGGGCCGCCGCCAUGGGCGUGACGGACGCCCAGGACGCUGCUCAGGCACAGGAGGAUGCUGUCCACGACGGAGGAGGAGGAGGAGGAGGAGGAGGAGCGGGUGAGGAGGGAGGCGACCCCAGGAGGCUGCUGGAGGUGUGCGCCUCCCUGGCCGGCCAGGACGCCGCCGGCAUACAGGCCAAGCUCAACACUUACGUGUCGUGGGCGUGCGGGGCGCGGCUGGUGUUCCUGAUCCUGGUGUCUGAGGAGGAGGAGCUCUCCGUCCACGUCUUGGGCCGCCACACACUGCCCUGCCCUCUCAAGAUCCCCGUGAGCAACAACAGCUUCAGCAGAGCCCUCACCACCCGCCGCCCGAUGACCCUCAAGGACAUCGAACCCUCGCACAGGGAGGACCUAUGGCGCCUGCUGGGACUCCUGCAGGACAGUGACAGGCUGGCCGGUCACCGCACCGUGUCUGUGGACGCCACCGCGGGCGGGGACCACCGUCCGUGCCUCAAGACCAACGGCUCGGCCAAGAGCGUCGACGACACCAGUUCGAGGUUCAAGGUGUUGUCGCGAGACAUGUCCGUAGACAUGUCCAGGUCGGGGCGGGGGGAGGGGGGACGCUGGGGCAUAGGGGGGUCGCCUCUCAACAUGUCUGCCGCUGCGCACAAGUACCACAGAUGUUCCCUGCCCGCACCGCCGCCGCACGCACACCGCACGCACAUGGGAAGCUGCGACAGUCUUGAAGAAGAGUCCGCCAUCCCAGUGUGUCCCAGGCCGCCUCUGCAGGGCCUCGGGUGUAAGGCUGCGGCCUCUAGUAUGCCUCCUAUAGAGUCCAGCCACAAUCACAGUGCCAAACCCCAGCUCAACUCCAGGGCCACUUCUCGGCCCAGUCGUGACCCCAGUGAGAGUUCGUCCGUGCCCCCGUCACCCACCUCGCUGCUGUGUGUGCCCGUGACCGCCCCGGGCAAGGACACCACGGCCGUGCUUGUCUGCUUGGUCGACAAGGUCGCUGGCGGAGACUUCUCAAACACCGAUGUGCACAAGGUGGAGGAGUGUUUCAGGUACACGGUGGGGAUGCUGGUGAACACCACCACGGCGGAGAGGGAGCGGCGACUACGGACACAGUGUCAGGCGCUCCUUAACGUCGCGCAGAACCUCUUCACGCACCUCGACGACGUCACCGUCCUGCUGCGGGAGAUCAUGGCGGAGGCGCGACAGCUGACCGACGCGGAGAGAUGUUCGCUGUUCCUGCUGGAUCGGGAACAGAACCAGUUGGUGGCCAAGGUCUUCGACGGCGAGAGUAAGGAAGAGUCGUGUGGGGAGGUGAGGCUCCCGGCGACACAGGGGAUAGCGGGCCACGUCGCCACCACCGGCCACCUCCUGAAUAUACGCGACGCCUACGCUCAUCCGCUCUUCUACCGUGGCUUUGACGAGUGCACGGGCUUCAAGACCAGAAACAUCCUGUGCUUCCCUAUCAAGGAGGAUGGCCAGGUUAUCGGCGUGGCGGAGUUGUGCAACAAGACGACGGGGCUCCACUUCUCCAGGUUCGACGAGGAGAUCGCCACCGCCUUCAGCAUCUACUGCGGCAUCUCCAUCGCCAACUCCCUCCUCUACAAGAAGGUCUUCGACACACAAGUUCGCUCCAAGCUCUCCAAUGAACUCAUGAUGUUCCACAUGAAGGUGACGCAGGAGGAGGUGGACCGGCUGGUGCAGGCGGAGGUGCUGCCCCCCGAGGCCUUCCACAAAGACUUCUGCUCCUUCAAGUACUUCCCUCGGCAGGUGGCAGACGCGUGCACCGCCAUGGCCGUCAUCUCCAUGAUGGAGCGUCUGGGAAUGGUCAACAAGUUCAGACUCAGCAGGGAGUCCCUGGCCAGGUUUACUUUAAUGGUGAGAAAAGGUUACAGAGACCCUCCUUACCACAAUUGGCUGCAUGCUUUCUCUGUCACGCACUUCGCCUUCCUCCUGCUGCACAACCUCUGCUUGACGGAGAACGGCUCCCUAACCCACCUUGAGGCCCUGGCGCUCAUAGUCUCCUCCAUGUGCCAUGAUCUUGACCAUCGAGGCACAACAAAUUCUUUCCAGGUGGCGAGCAAUUCUGUUCUUGCAUCACUGUACUCAUCUGAGGGAUCUGUGAUGGAACGGCACCACCUCGCCCAGGCCAUGUGUAUCCUCAACACCGAUGACUGCAACUUCCUGGAGAAUCUCAGUCGAGAAGAAUAUACACUGUUCCUCGAUUUAAUGCGUGAUAUUAUUCUUGCGACAGAUCUGGCACAUCACCUCCGCAUCGUGCCAGAGCUUCGUGAAAUUGCAGCAGUUGGCUAUGACCCCAGCAAUCAGAGACAUCACGAACUGUUAAUCUGUUUACUCAUGACUGCUGCUGAUCUCUCAGACCAAACUAAGGAUUGGCAGUCUUCAAAACAUGUUGCUGAGCUAAUUUACAAAGAGUUUUUUACACAAGGAGAUUUGGAGAAAGCGAUGGGUAACAUGCCACUGGAGAUGAUGGACCGAGAGAAAGCAUUCAUUCCUGAACUUCAGUUACAGUUCUUAGAUGAUGUGGCCAUUCCUGUCUAUGAAAUUGUAGCAAAAUUAUUUCCUGGAGCUCAAGAACCAUAUAUUAGUAUUCAGGCUAGCAGACGAAACUGGGCAAGAUUAAGAGAUGUAUACAAACGUAGGAAACCCGAGUCAACAAGUUCACUUGAGGUUUUUGAAGAUGACUCGCUUGAUGAGGAGCUGGAGAAGGAAGACUCCUGAAAUACCCUCGUGGGGGAUCAUCUCGGCAAUUAAUUUUUUUGGAGAGCAAUUCCUCCAGUAUUCCAAUUCAUGGAAUAAAAAAAUGCUGUGUGACAUUUGAUGACAUGAAAGAUUGCCAAAUAUUGGAGCAUUAUUUACCAAUUCACUGAAAUGUUGCAGGCACUGCAGUUAAUGUUGAAUUUAAAGAGCACCUUUGCCUAUUUUUGCAACUGUGUUUGGUUUUGAGUUCAGUGGUUAAUAUUUGUUCCACUUGGUGAAGCAACUUUCUAAGUUGUACAGUGUUUGUUAUAGUACCUUAAGUGAUGAAGCACAUGCAUCACUUAACUGGAGGAAGUAUGACACAUGACUGCAUCACUGAUCUUACCACCACAUCUUUUAUAAAUAACGUGCAAACUGAAAUUUGUUGGAGUGAACCCGAGAAGAAUAUGCAUAUUAUGCAGUUACUAUAAUAAGCUGAACCUCAAUGCUGCCAAAGAUUUAUAAAACAUUUGAUACGAAGUGGCACAAUCAUAGUUUAAAAUCAUCUAGGCCAAUUCAAUCCAACUGUAAUUAUUUACUUGCACAACUGACACAUGCAACUGCUGCAACAAGAUGAAUUUCU